GUCCCUCGUUGGCCUCCCAAAGUGCUGGGAUUACAGGCAUGAGCCACCGUGCCCAGCCUGGAAUCUAUACUUUUAAAUGUGUUCACUGGGCCAUUUUUAAGUAAAGUUUGGGGGCUGCUGUAUUAAAUUACCAAGACUCCUAAGACAAAAGCACCAUUCCUCAUCCUGUGCAGGCCAUGACCCUCCUGGCAAGGUGGUUGAGCUGGGAAGGGUGAGGGGGCGGCCCCAUUUGUUUCAGGGGUCUGACUUUUCCUGGGAAUCCACAUCUUCCCAGCCCCACUGCUGUCUCAUCCCUGUCCCUAGCUUCUUGGUCUAGGGCCUUUCCUGCCCCGUUGGCCUGGCUUUCAUUCCCCUGGAUUUUGCUGCUUUGAGGACCAAAAUCUGUGCUUUUAGUUUUGCUACUUUGCCCUUAAGAUCUGACAAUGUUUUUGGGCUUGAUCCCCCUCUUGCUAAUGCUGGAGGUUGUACAGGGUCCAUGGGAAGGAAGAGGGUGCCUCAGACAGAUCCCGAAGCUGUUGAUCUCAGCUUCUCCGCCACCAGCAUGUCUGAAACUGGGUCAGCAAAAUCCCCAGGCUGCUAGUGCUGCUAUGGGGAAGUUGGUGGAUGGAUGGGUUGGUGAGGUGUGAGAGUGUCUCCAGGAAGUCCUUGGUGACUUGAGUCUCACAUUUCAGAUUUCAUCCUAACAGCGGUGCCCUGCUGCCUCCCCUCCCUACUCCACGCCUCCAUGUGGAGCCCUGGCCAGCAACUUUCCAUUGCAGGAAACAUCUGCUGCGGAGGCCAGGCUCAGCUGGGGGUUACUGGAGGACGUUGGCCGGGACCAUCACCCAGAUCCUGUAACUUGAAGCAUGUAUAGGGCCCUGCUCUGCCCGCCCACCCGCUCUGCCUCCCUCCUUCCCUCCCUCCCUGCCACGGGUGACUCUAACAAAGGAGCUGUUUGCUGGUCAGGCGAGCAGAGCAGGGGCUGAGGAAGGGAGUGUGUGUUGGGCUGGAGGUGAGAGCAGGCCCUGUUGUUGCAGCCAGUGGUGGCUGCUCUGCCUGGGUGAGGGCUGUGAGUCAUAGCCCAGUGCCCGCCCAGGGUAGAGGUUGAUUAAACGUGCCACUCUAUGAGACAGACGAGGACUGGGGAGCUGGGCAUUCGGUUCCUUUACUGGAGUUUCAGACCAACUAUGAGUCACGCUGCUGCGUGUGAGUGACUGGCGGGGCUAGACCCCGGACCCGGCUGUGGAUCGUCGCUGUCCUGCAGAGUCUGCUUGUCUACCCAGGGGCCUGCCUUCCAGACCUCCAGCUGGCCCUGGGCACCUGCUGUGCCAUCUGCAUCCUCUGGACCCUUGGGGUGACUGUCUGCACUGACCAGGGGGAGGUGCAUGACCAUACCACCUCUGGGCUACUCUCCACCCGUGGACCAGCCAAGAAGGACAAAGCAGAGCCUGCCAUGGGAGACUGGCCAGCCAGCUUGCCCUGAGAACCGCACCGACCACCUCCUCUAGCUUGUGAAGUUUUACGCUGGGCACGUAGCUCUAGGAGCAGAAAGGACACCUGUCAGAGUCACACAGGCCCUCUGCCAAGAAACCAGAGGCCACCCAUCCACAGUCAAGCCAGGGGAGACCGACUGUUUUCAUCGUGUGGGGACAGUCGGGAGUCAGUGCUGAGGGAGCCAGGCGUCGUUGGGAGGGGCAGCCGUGCUGGGCAAUGGAAUCACUGACGGAGUCGGGGGUCCUCUGGAGUCUCCUGCUGGAGCAGGAGAGCCAGCUGCUGCAGUGGUACCUGAAGCAGCUUGGCCAUGCACCUGCUGCCGCCGAUCACCAUUGCUGGCACGGAUCUGAGGAAAUCCCAGCCGUGUUAAGCCCCACCUACAAGCAGAGAAAUGAAGACUUCAGAAAGCUCUUUAAGCAGCUUCCAGACACGGAGCGCCUCAUUGUUGAUUACUCAUGUGCACUCCAAAGAGACAUUCUCCUUCAGGGCCGACUCUACCUCUCUGAAAAUUGGAUCUGCUUCUACAGCAACAUCUUCCGCUGGGAAACUCUGCUGACAGUCCGUUUGAAAGACAUCUGUUCCAUGACUAAAGAAAAAACAGCUCGCCUCAUUCCCAAUGCCAUCCAAGUUUGCACUGAUUCAGAAAAGCACUUCUUCACUUCGUUUGGGGCCCGGGAUAGGACGUAUAUGAUGAUGUUCCGGCUCUGGCAAAAUGCUCUCCUUGAAAAGCCUCUGUGUCCCAAGGAGCUCUGGCACUUUGUUCACCAGUGCUAUGGGAACGAACUGGGCCUGACCAGUGAUGACGAGGACUACGUGCCCCCUGAUGACGACUUCAACACAAUGGGAUACUGUGAAGAGAUCCCUGUGGAAGAGAAUGAAGUGAAUGACAGCUCAUCCAAGAGCAGCAUAGAGACCAAGCCAGAUGCCAGUCCACAGCUGCCCAAGAAAUCCAUCACCAACAGCACACUGACAUCCACAGGGAGCAGUGAGGCCCCCGUCUCGUUUGAUGGGCUGCCCCUGGAGGAGGAGGCACUGGAGGGAGACGGGUCCCUGGAGAAGGAGCUCGCCAUUGACAACAUCAUGGGGGAGAAGAUUGAGAUGAUCGCUCCUGUGAACUCCCCUUCACUGGACUUCAAUGACAAUGAGGACAUCCCCACUGAGCUCAGUGACUCUUCCGACACACACGAUGAAGGGGAGGUCCAGGCCUUCUAUGAGGACCUGAGUGGCCGGCAGUACGUGAAUGAAGUCUUCAACUUCAGCGUGGACAAGCUCUAUGACCUUCUCUUCACCAACUCACCCUUCCAGCGGGACUUCAUGGAGCAGCGGCGCUUCUCUGAUAUCAUCUUCCAUCCAUGGAAAAAGGAGGAGAACGGAAACCAGAGCCGAGUGAUUCUUUACACCAUCACCCUUACCAACCCUCUGGCUCCCAAAACUGCCACUGUCAGGGAGACACAGACCAUGUACAAGGCGAGCCAGGAGAGUGAAUGUUACGUGAUAGAUGCCGAAGUCCUCACCCACGACGUGCCCUACCACGACUACUUCUACACAAUCAACCGCUACACGCUCACCCGCGUGGCUCGCAACAAGAGCCGACUCAGGGUCUCCACAGAGCUGCGCUAUCGAAAACAGCCCUGGGGGUUAGUGAAAACCUUCAUCGAGAAGAACUUCUGGAGUGGGCUGGAGGACUACUUCCGCCAUUUAGAGAGCGAGCUGGCCAAAACGGAGAGCACUUACUUGGCUGAGAUGCACCGACAAUCUCCCAAAGAGAAGGCCAGCAAGACCACGACGGUGCGGAGGAGGAAGCGUCCCCAUGCCCACCUGCGGGUCCCUCACCUGGAAGAGGUGAUGAGCCCGGUCACCACGCCCACAGAUGAGGAUGUGGGCCACAGGAUCAAACAUGUGGCAGGUUCCACGCAGACGCGGCAUAUCCCCGAGGACACCCCCAAUGGUUUCCACCUGCAAAGCGUGUCCAAGCUGCUGCUGGUUAUCAGCUGUGUGAUCUGUUUCAGUCUGGUGCUGCUGGUCAUCCUUAACAUGAUGCUCUUCUACAAACUCUGGAUGUUGGAAUACACCACGCAGACCCUCACUGCUUGGCAGGGUCUAAGGCUCCAAGAAAGGGGUCUGGGAGCACAGGACAGUUCGCUGAGCAUAACUCCAGCUGCUGGGGUACCCCUUCUUCUACCCCACAGGUUACCCCAGUCUCAGACAGAAUGGGCCCAGCUCUUAGAGUCCCAACAAAAGUACCACGAUACUGAGCUCCAAAAAUGGAGGGAGAUCAUCAAAUCCUCAGUGAUGCUCCUUGACCAGGCCUGGGGUGGGGUUUUCUGUCUUGCAGAUGAAGGACUCGCUCAUCAACCUUCAGAACGGCAUCAGGUCCCGCGACUACACGUCGGAAAGUGAAGAAAAGAGGAAUCGCUAUCAUUGACAAGGCAGGAACAGGGUGGCUGCAAGAGGCCUGUGCAAUACAUGUACAUAGACCAUAUAAAUAUAUAUAUAAAUAUAUAUAUAUACAGAAUAUAAAUAUAUAUAUUAUAUACAGAUUUUAAAAAAGAGAUAAUGCCUAUGUACCAGGGAGAAGGAGCGGGCCCUCCCGCUCCCUGUGCUGGCCGGAGCAGCGUUUUCCUGGGGUGGAGCAGCUGAGGAGGGCAGGAACCGCCUCUCAGCACCGACCGCCCCUGAUCUCCCUCCUCCCACCCUCUGUUCCCCACCCCUUCCCUUGCUGGCCAUUCUUGGCUCUUAGAAGGGAAAUGUUGAGCCAAAGUUAUGCCUGUGAAGACCCUAGGGUCUCAAAAAGAAGUCUCAAGACGGCAUUGCUUAAGGUGCUUCGUUCCCUGAUCCCCUUUUGAUUUGUUUCCAAAAUAAAAGAGAAUCUUUUCUUCCCUACCCCAGGCUUCCCCAGGCAUUCUCUUGGGAACACAGAAACAUCAAGGGAGCCCAGUCUAAACUCCUAGGGUUGGCCGCCCACUUGAUCCAGACCGUACUGAGCCUCAGACGGAGAGGAUGCUUGGAAGGCUAGGAAGGCUGCAUUGGGGGGUGGCAGGCUCCCGAGACCCGUGUUCUGAAGGAUACUCUCCUCCAUCACCCCUGCACCUUCCUCCGACCUGUGUAGGGUGUGGACGCAGUAAGGGCUGGGAAUUUCUUACUUUCCCACCCACUUUCUCUCUGGUCUUCUCCCAGGCUGGAUCUGGGCGAAGUGUCACUUUUUAGUGCCUAAAGUCCUAUUGUUUUCUGUGCCCUAAGAGCACAUUGUUUAUUAGCCAGGGUGGAGCAUUUUUGACCUUAUUAAACCUCUUUUAGUGCUUCUAAGCAAGUCAGGUCUGUGGCUCUGAGGCCUUCACUUGGAGCUGUCAGUGUGAUUUCCAGGAUAAGUCAGGGUGUGCUGGGCCCUCCAGGAUUUGAGAGAGGAAGAGAAGGCCCUCGCUACGUCCAGGGUGCAGGGUUUACCCACAGAACACUGUGAGUGGUGAGCCCCAAGAUGGGUUGCCAGUGUCAUUUGCUCUUGGGAUGAACCAGCAUUCGCCAAUGGAGACAACUGUCUGAGAUAGCUUGCACGUGGAAAAAGCAUCUAAGCCAUUGGAGGGAAGGAACUGGCAAAGGUGCAUGUGUUUGGGCAGGAAAAGGCCAAGUGAAAUCUUUGCCCCAAGGGAGUCAUUCCAGAUCCUGAGUUUCUCAGACUUGGGAAUGGGGGCUCUGGCAGGGGAUGGAGUACAAAUCCUGCUCUGGUCUCUGGCCCCACAGAGGUGUAAGAUCAUUAAGGACUAGAAGGCACUGGCUUCGAAGAGUGAGACGUUCAGGGCCUUUUCAGCAUUGGCCCACUAGCACCAUGCAUUUAUCUGAAUUCACGGGGCCCUCUGGGCACAUUCAUCAUCCCUCAUAUACUAACUACUAUUUCUUCAUAUAAUGAUCAAAAGAGUCCCACCAGCUUCAGGCAGAGCUUGUGGAGAUUCAUGAAAGAGUCACAGCCAAUUGGGCAUGCAGAGCUCUUCAGUCUUGCUUGUUCUCCUGGGCUUCUUGAUGCAGGGACAGAAGGAACCCCAGAUGUCCCAGAUGUCCCAGAACAUCAGCCCAAAAGACAGAAGAGUUUAUCACUCAUCUACCCCACAAAGUUGUAUUUUCCUCUUAGAAUGGCCUUUAAUUCCCUGUGGCAAUUACAGUUUCUGACUUUUCCAUGUGAAGAUAAGGCCUUGGUAUUUCCCUAAGGGCAGGAUCAGAAAACAGGAAGGUCCAUGCCCAGGUCAUCCUCCAAGGGAGGAGGGUGAGGAGGAUCCAAGUCAUCAGCCAGAGCAGGUAUUCCUCCCCUAGAAGAGGAGAUGGGAGGAAAUGCAGUUUCGUGUAAUCCCUGUGAAGAGUGCCUACGCGCACAGCCCAGUGUGUCCUUGUUCAGUUCUUGUCUAGGACUUUGGGUAAGGGACACUGGUAGGGAUCAAGGCUCAUGGGCUCUGAGCCAAAGAAGGAGGCAUGGUGCAGACUGCCGGAAUCUCCCCCUUGGCACAGUCAGAAGCCAAAACUAUUCCCAGAAAGUUUUGAAUGCAGAAAUUGGAGAUUCCUGAAUUUAUUCCAUACAUCAUUAUUUACUUAAGUUAUUUAAUUAUGAAAGGUGCCAUGGUGGAACCUGUGGGAUGACUUUAAAAGGGUUCUUUGUUUGGAGUCAAGUGACAGAGCAGACCUGGCCGCAGGGAGUUGUUCUGCUUCUGCUUUACCUCUCAGGACCAUUCCCAGCAGGAGAAGGUGGCAGGGAGGGCAGUACUGAGUAUGUCAGAAGAACCCUCCUGGGGUUUUAGUGAUUUGAACCCAGUAGACAAUGUGUGCACAUAGGGAAUGCGCUUUAAGAAUUGUGGGUCUCUUGUAGGCUCUCUCUGUUCCAAUAAUUUUUUGACUAUCAUACCAGGAGAAAACCAACAACUCUAUUCAUUCCCAGACAAAAUCUCUUCCCCCUUGGUUAAUAGCUUGUAAAAGAGAUCUUAACUCACCCUUGCAGAUAAGUCUGGGAGUGCAACAAAUAAAUAGCAUUGUAUUCCUGGCCAUUAGCCUGGCUAGUUGCUGUCUACAAGGGAGCAUAAAAAAAUCACUACUUACGUAACUUCUUCCAGCCAGUGCUUUUUGUGUUUGUUUUUGUUUACUAGGGACACACAGGAGUCGUUCUGUAAUGACUUAUGUGGUACAAUGUUUGAGAGUUUGCACUCAGUUUUAAAGAAUUUGCAGUUUCUAACGAGGUGAAGAACUACUAUAGGAUCUAAAGUUCCAUUACAGCUUACUGUGAAAGCAUUGACAAGACUGGCCUCAGACAAGCUAAUCAUGGGUGUGACUCUCUCCCUUCCCCAUCCACCUCUUUGGGGACAAGAGGAUUACAUCUCAGGCCAGCAAGAUCAGCUGCUUGAAGCUCUGUAUAAGAGCACUGCACUGAUGGUUUGGAGACCUGGGCCUGGGUCCUGACUUUUCCACUGACUAAGCUCUGUGGCCUUGGGCAAGUCAUUCCCGUCUCUGAGCUUCAGUAUCCUCCUGUCACAGGAGGGAGUGGGGCUAGAUCAUCUUUAAGGUAGGUUCUAGCUUUGACAUCAUCUUGGGGGUUAGGCCAGAGGCUGAGAAGACUGAGUGGAAUUUCUCAGUUACUCUGCCAGGAGGGAACAAGCCCAGAGGCUGAAGCUUCCCAGUAUUUAGAGGUGUGGUAGGGCAGUGUUUGCAUUCCCAGGACACCCAGGGUGGUUAAAAUAUAUUCUUUAGGUGGCUCGGAGGGCUGGGGAGGCCCAGUAGCGGGGGGAGGGGUGGAGAGAGAGAGAGAGAGAGAGAGAGAGAGAGAGAGAGAGAGAGAGAUCGAACUUGAUGUAUUGCUCAGUAUUCACCUAGAAGAGUUUCUUCCUUCUUUGGCCUAGUUUGUGGAGGGAUCUUCCUUUGGACUUUCUCUGAGUUGGGAGAAGAACAUUCUUUUCAAUGGAGCUCAUCUUCUAUCUCUAGGCUCUGUGAAGCCUUUCAUCUGUCUGUCCUUCCUCCUUACUGGUAGAAGAAACGGUGGAGAGAAACCACUUCUGGUCCUAGCACUUCUCUUUGGUCUAGAUAGGGUUUGGAUUUAGUAUGAAGCUUUGGCUAAAACCCUUGGGUUUGCCUUAGAGCACUGACACUAAGAACCUACACUGACAUGGCGAGGACCAAGAGAGCUCAAGAGGAGUGCUUUGUGAGAAGUGGAUUCUCUCCGUGUCCCUGCCCCCACCCAAACUUGAACUAUACCUAUUGCAUUUCCAGGCAGCAUCCAUAGGAUGAGGUCCUGGAGAAGGGACUAGGGGAAGUAUCUUUCUGGAUGCUUGUGGUCCCAGAAGGGUACUUUCUGUGCCAUACCAUGUCGCUUCUUUAAGCUCUGCAGGGCAACCAAAGCCAGCCCUUUUCUCCUACUGCCCCCAGGAGAAAUAGCACUCUUCUCCCUCCCCCAGAUGGCAGGGCUCUGGUCUCCCUACACCUCAUACCCUGCCUGCCUCCUCCAGGAGGAAACUCCAGGGCCCCUUCCUGACUCUCCCCACCCUCACCACUUGUCUCUAGGCUAUGGGACAAUCAUCCCAUUCACCACUUCACAUCCUUGACUUUCAUUCCCCCAACCUCCAGCAGGUUGGCCCCAAUCCCCUUCACCUCUGUGUUUUCUUCCAGAAGAUGCAUUUUGGGUCUGAGAGGAGCAUUUUCCUGGAAGGCCAUCUUUUAAGACCCCUGCUUGCUGUCAUAGUGCAGAGCAGGAAUUUGCACACUGUUUAGAGAGCUCCCUUCCCACCGCUCUGCCCAGCCUUGUUACCUCACUUCUGCUCUGGCCAUGGUUGUGAAGGGCCCAGCCAGCUCCCUGUUUUGAUGUUCUGUGCAACAGCUCUGGGGUCUUGUGACUGGAGAUCCUCAGCAGGCCCUGGAGCCCAGACUGGAGUCUUGGCAGCUGAUGAGCAGCACCUUGCCGGCCAGGAGGAGCUGAUGCUGGACGAUCUCCCCAACAUUUGAAGGCUUAAAGAACAUUGUCAUUCUUCAGCCCUCCUUGCUUCUCUCAAUACAAUAAGACAUUGCAGAAGCAAAAGGGUGGCCUCUGCUCCAGGCAAGGCAGCUGAGUGUCUGGGGCACUGGCCUGGGGCUUGGGUGCCACGUGCUGAGAUUGCACAGUCAAAGCAGCCAUUUUUGCCAACAAUAGCUUGUGGCUCCCCACAUUUUCCUACCCUGCACUUAAAGGCCAGACCACUCUCUGCAUGGACCAGACCAUCUUCCCAAACCCAUGGUGCUUUUUCCCCAACUCAACCUAGACUCCAAGGUGGGGAGGGAUGGGUCAGAGGCCAUAGUGGCCCUUGGAUAAUCCUGACAUGAGGUGGAGUGGGGUGAGGCAGAGGGAGCAGCCCCAACACCUGCACUGGGCCAUCUAUGGGAAAGAACACAGGUCGAGUGCAGUCGAGUUGUCUGGCCGUCUGUAUUUGGAUCUAUAACUGUACUUUGCCUGGCGCUGUGCGCAAGGUCGGAACACUUACUGCUAGUACCUAGAAACACACAAGGCUGCCCAGCCAAAUCUUCAUGUAAAGUAGCUAGAGCCAUGGAAGUACAGUAUGAAUUAAAAAGAAAACAGUAUUGAACUACAAUAA